UAUAAGCUGGCAGCAGCAGCUGAGGAGCUUCACUGCAGUGACUGAGCAGAUUCAUCUGAGCGAAUCCACUCUCAUCUUAGAGACAACCCCAAAUCAAAAAUGGCAUUCGCAGGAAUUCUGAAUGACGCUGACAUCACUGCAGCCCUCGCUGCUUGCCAAGCUGCCGACUCUUUCAAGCACAAGGACUUCUUUGCCAAGGUCGGCCUGUCCAGCAAGAGCGCCGAUGACAUCAAGAAGGCCUUCGCCGUCAUUGACCAGGACAAGAGUGGCUUCAUUGAGGAGGAGGAGCUGAAGCUGUUCCUGCAGAACUUCUCUUCCUCUGCCAGAGCUCUGACCGACGCUGAGACCAAGACUUUCCUGAAGGCUGGUGACACUGAUGGCGAUGGCAUGAUCGGAUGCGAAGAGUUCGCCACCCUGGUCAAGAGUUAAAUGAAGAAACUGACCAACAUCUUACUUCACUACUCUAAAGGAACAACUUGAGCCAUGACAUACGCCUCCUCUCUUCUUUCUCUCCUCUUCCCACUCACUCUCUCUCUCUCCAACGCUUUUAUACACUUGACCUUUCACCUCCUGACUGUUUAAACUAACUCUGACCCCCCUCUGACCCCUUUGUUGUCCACGAUGAAUGUACCUGACUUAGUGUGUCGCGUGGUUGACUUGUGUCUUUCUCUCUCUCACUCACUUCUGUCCCAGUUUUACUAUGUGAGUUACUGUGUUACUGUCAGAUCAGUGAUGAUGCACUUUUAUGGGAAACGGACAGACGAUGAGCAGAAAAUAAAGGUUCUUUUUCAAUAA